AUGGAACAAUCUGUCGCUCGGCCACAGAGCGAACUGGCCCCGGGAGAGGUGCUGAAACUGGCUCAGCUAGCACCUUCGAUAUUACGGAAUAUUCCCAAGUCCUUCUCGUCGUCGCUACUGUUAUCUUUGUUCUCAGCAUCCGAAACGCCAGAGAUAUGGACCGCCUAUGAGAACCUCCUCUUAGCAUGCUGUCGAACGGGGGACAUGGAGUCAGCCCGCGAGUUCUUGGAACGUCUUGUGUUACGAUUCGGAAACGACAAUGAACGAGUGUUGGCCUUCAAGGGGCUAGUCAAGGAAGCGGCAGCCGACAAUCAGGGCGAACUCGUCCAGAUUCUGAAAGAAUACGAGACAAUACUAGGGCCAACGACCACGAAUAUUCCUGUGGCGAAACGACGAGUGGCGCUAUUGCGGUCCAUGGGGAAAACAUCAGAGGCUAUCGAAGCGCUCAAUGAUCUUCUGGACUACUCUCCAACUGACGCCGAAUCGUGGGCGGAACUCGCAGACAUAUACCUCUCUCAAGGACUUUAUCCGCAGGCUAUCUAUUCUCUUGAGGAGGUAUUGGUGUUGACUCCGAAUGCCUGGAACAUACAUGCCCGGCUGGGCGAGGUGCUCUAUAUGGCGGCUUCGAGUUCGGAUACUUUGCGCCAAAAGCACCUGACCGAGUCUGUGAAGAGAUUCUCCAGGAGUAUCGAGCUCUGCGACGAUUACAUACGUGGAUAUUAUGGUCUCAAAUUGGCCACGGGCAAACUUUUGAAAGACCCCCCAAAGGUAUCGAUGCAUGCCGAGUCAGGUGAUUGGAUACCGCCGGAUACUACAACAACAGAAAAGCUCAACGAGCUGGCAACCAAGAAGCUUGCGGAGAUAGUGCGGCGGAAUCUAGCGGGCGAGCCGCUCUGGCAAGGCUAUAAACCAUCCGAAAUCGCAGCGGCCCGAGAGCUGCUAGAGAAAGACUCUGCGGACCUUGUACGCUGA